AUGCUUUUGGAAACUGGACUCGUGAUCGCCUCCAUGAGUUGCAAUCUUUACCUAUAUGUUGACAUAUUAAAUAUGCAUCCAUCAUCUGCAAUUCUUGCACAACACAAAGAAAACUUACUACUAAAAAUGCAAGGCAUUAAACUCAAGAUCCCAAAAUUUUCAGAUUUAGUGCAGCCAUCAUCAGCUCGAAUAGUUCUUUCGAUUGAUGACCUAUUGAUGGAAAUUCUUUUACGCGUACCUAUAAGAUCCCUUCUCUGUUUCAAAACCGUAUCCAAACGUUGGCUUUCAAUCAUUACUCAUCCACAUUUUUCUGUCCUCUGUCAACCCAAUCCAAAUCGCGCAGUAGGCCUUUUCUUGACCUGUCCUUAUUCUCUUCCAGCAAAACCCCAGUUUGAUUAUGUUCAUUUUGAUAAGAAAAAUCCCCCAAAACCACCAUUUAAGAAUCUCAAAUUCAUUAAAGACUCUUCUGGUAUUAGUGUUCUGCAAUCUUGCAAUGGAUUAAUGCUCUGUUCCAACUCCCCUUUGCGUCUAGCUAAAACAAAUUACUAUGUUUGCAACCCCACUACGAAACAUUACACAGCACUUCCAAAAUCAGUUCUUGAAACUGAAAAUUCUAAAAUUCAUGGUAUAAGCUUAGCUUUUGAUCCUGCCAAGUCUCCUCAUUACAAAGUAAUAUGUGUUCGCGAUUCUGUUUCGUCUCCUCAACAUUAUCAGAUUGAAAUCUACUCAUCUCAAACAGGUUUGUGA